ACGAAGAGCGAACGGUGGAUAACAACCUAACUUUUCAUGAAUUUUAGCAAAUCCAGGCGCUGUAGGGACCAUCAAAAUGCCGAAAAUGAAAAUUUUAGAUUGUAUAAAAUAGCCCUUAAGGAUUUUAGGUCGGAACGUUGUAGUUUUUCUCGCGAGAACAGCCAGUGAAUCAUCAACUGUGCGUCCAGCUAACACGAAUUUUUUAACAAAUUUCAACCGUAAGUUUUAGUUUUCGUUUAAAAAGCUGGACAGACUGUAAGUCUCAAAUGGCCGAUCCUGCCUCCAGAAAAUCAGCAACUCUCAGCCGUUUGCGGUCGCAGUUACGACGAAAGCGAGAAUCGUUGGCGGAUCAAUUUGACUUUAAAAUGUACAUUGCUGUUGUUUUCAAAGAUAAGGUAAGCCAGAAACGUUCUAACGACUGGACAGACUGUAAGUCUCAAAUGGCCGAUCCUGCCUCCAGAAAAUCAGCAACUCUCAGCCGUUUGCGGUCGCAGUUACGACGAAAGCGAGAAUCGUUGGCGGAUCAAUUUGACUUUAAAAUGUACAUUGCUGUUGUUUUCAAAGAUAAGGAUGUGAUUGGAUGUGUGCAAGAAAUUGAUUUCUUUCUGUGGCCUCGGAGUGACAUUGAUAGGAUUGUCUGUCUGCUGUUUUCACGAUGGAAGGGGAACGAAACGUCUGAAUAUAGACUCAUUCAGGGCAAGUUUGAAUUUGAACCUUGUGACUAUGAGAAGCAAUUGCUGAGACUUCUAAGUAGAAAAGAGCACACUGGUUUGAUCAUCAACAAUCCUUCACAAUCACUGUUCUUCUUUGUCAACAAACAUCAGUUACAGGCUGAAAAGAGUAAAGUUGCAGUGUUCAAGAUAUCAAGUAUCUGUCUUCAUAUACCACAAGACCAAUUGACUCACUGGGGAACUGAACUCAGAGAACACGUCCUGGCACCUUUUAUGCCCGAUUGAGCCAUUUUAUUGAUAAGCUGAUCUUGUAUUAACAGAAACUAAGAACUGGCACCCGUCUUUCUGCGUUUAUGAUUUUGUCUGCCCAAUAC